AUGGCGUUGAAGCUUCUUGCUGUGGCGUGUUCGGCCUGCAUAGGCUGUGUCCAUUCUGUCCGAUCGACCUCCACAUACCACCUCAAGACGGCCGCGAUAAAAUACGUCAAGAGCAUGGAGGAGACGGCUCUGACGAAGAUAGACAGGUACGGCGAAGUGCCUGGAAUGAAUUCAGAGGACAUCACUGCCUUUCUGACGGCCUUCAACGAGGAGGUGCUCGAACGGGAACUGCGUGCAGAGGGCUUUAGUCGCAGAGUAACGGCCACGCAGGCAACGGUGGUCCUGGGAGACUUGCAUGGACAGCUGUUCAACUUGCUCGCCUUCCUCCGUCACCUCCAUGACAAAGUGGACAUGACACACCUCUCCGUUCUCCCCGCAUCCAAGCUUUUCAUCUGCGACUCAAAGCUACAGUACGUCUUCCUGGGCGACUACGUGGAUCGUGGUGAACGAAGUGUGGAGACCGUAAUGCUCCUGUUCGCCUACAAGGCAUUAUGCCCUUCCGGUAUAAUCCUGCUCCAAGGCAACCACGAGGCAUCGAGCGCAAACGACAGAUACGGCUUCAGCAAGGAGGUUGAGUACAAGCUGGACAAGCGCUCGCUUCACUCGGGCAAAUCGAUGCUUUGGAGUCACUUCAACGACGCGUUUUGGAAGCUACCCUUCGUUGCAGUCGCCAACGGGAUGUUCAUGGCAACUCACGGGGGCAUCUCCCCAAAGCUAGUGCAGGCAUGCUGGAACAAACGAGGUAACUUCCGGUCUUGCUUAGGCUUCAACACGGAUAUUGGGUCGGAAAUGGUGUGGUCAGACCCCCACAAGGGAAGCGGAUGGGCGAGAUCUCCUCGCGGCGGUGAAAUCCACAAUUUCGGGAGGGAUAUCGCCUCCAAAUUCUUGUGGUCGAACGGAUUGAAAAGGCUACUUCGAGGUCAUGAGCAAAUGGCAAAAGGGAUCAGCACUCUUCCGCUUGACACGGGUGGAGAGUACUUCGUGCAAACCAUCUUCUCAGCAGCCGACUACGUUGGGACCUUUUGUGUCGACGAGACAAACAACCACCCCUUGCGGCUUCCAGCGUGGGAUCCGGAGAUGUUCAAUGGAGGUGGCCACAGUAAUCUUGGGGGCAUGAUGGUAGUCAACUAUUCCGCCGGCCGCGUCAACUACCACGAAUAUGUGCUCAGUGGACAUGAAGCUCGGAAGCUGGCUCAGGAGUUUACGGGAGCACAAUGCCAUCACAAUGCCACCUCGACAAGGACUACACCGACCACAACGACCGCCGAGGAGAUGGAAAAGUUUACCGACUCCGAAAAGACCACCGCGACCGAGAAGAUCGAGACCGAAGAGCAUACAAUCUCCGAGAAGACCACCGCGACGACCACUCAGGAGGCUUCGGAGCUACAAAUCGACGAGGGUUUUGGGGAGCGGACGCCGACGGAAGAUGAGGAUGCCACCAAUACCGCCGUGCAAGGUUUGCCUUGGAAAGACCGGUUCCAGACGUUCUUCGGCUUGUCGUUGUUGGAGGAGCAUGCAAAUGACCCUGAGACAGAGCAGAUCGAGCUUCCUAUCCAUUGCCACGACCACCUGAGCCAAGAAGAGGCGCAGGAACACGAGGACUACGUUCGCUCCAGCUUGCUAGCGGCCGAGGACAUGCAGUUUGAAGCUCGGAAGAUCAUUGACUUGCAGGGGGAAGCGGCCGUCUGCGAGGCUCCGGCUGAGGCGAGCUCCGAUAAUUGCGAGGCCAUGGCCCGGGAUGUCAUCACCCUCAAGGUCUUUACCGAGCUGAAAGGCAGCAAGCAGGUGCUCGAAGAUCUUGAGCGCAACAUCGUCGCUCGUGAAGAAGAAGUUGCGGGAGUGGUGGGCGAGCUCUCGUGA